UCAAAAAGUAAAGUCGCAUUUUUGUAAUUUCUAUAAUAUAAUUUAUACAAAAAAAUGACAAGAUAGCGCGACAUCUCUUUCUGGAAGUAGUGUACAGAAUAACAGCAUCGUGUGUUUGCCUUUUUGGGGACUUGGUUUGAUGCUACCACCUAUCUGUCAGAAUAAUUGGAUAUUAAUGCAUUUGUUUUUAUACAUGCUCCUGAUAUCUAUUUAAGACGACAAAAGUGUUUGCAACCUUCGGCAUGUCCAUUACUGGCAAAGAUAUCUAUUUUAGCUCAUUGAUACUGAGCAUAGAUGUUAUUUACAGCUACGUACAACAUGGUAUAAUGGUUCUCCCAAGCUUUGUUUGUGCUAACCAAGAAAUGGCGAACUUCUUGGAAGCCAUACUUUCCUUUAAGGACAACAUCCUAAUUCAUAUAUUUGCAUCGCUUAUAAUGUGUAUUGUUAUUCUUUUUCACUUAGAAUUGCAUUAUUGAAAGCUUGCAAACAAACGACGAAAAAAGAAUUACCAUGUAUAUCUAAUGACUAUGCCCAUGUAAUGAAGCCAACGGUGGUAUUUAAGAAUAAAGAUUAAAAUAAUUUGCUUCAGAAAGAGCGCACUAUGAAGAGAAUGAGGAGUUAAAAAUGAUCACACAAUCUUUCAUAGCAAU